CACACAUCGCUCAUUCGUCCGUUCGUUGGUUAGUUCGUCCUUCGCUCAAUAGUCAGUCACACACUCGACCGCGUGGUCGACUCCGGCACUCAUAAUGGAGGCGAAUCGUGAAUUCUUUAAUGAAAUUAUUGGCAAUAUUGACGACUUAUUUGGUCAGGCGCAAACCGUUAGCUUUCAGGCUAAUCCCAUCUUCAAAACGGAACAGGGCAAAUAUCUGGCAGACUCUCUCGCUGAUCCACUGAUCAAAGCUCUCACGGAGAUUGCCAAUAAGCGACCCAAAGACCCGGUGGCCUAUCUGACCGGCUAUCUGCAGCACUUCAUAGGCGAACGCAAGCCCCUCACGCAAGUGGAAGUGCACACGGGCACCUCCUCCUCCAACCCGAUGGCGAAAGCGCAGCCCAAGCUGCUCAGCAGUCGCAAUGGCAUCGCCAAUGCCGAUCUCAUCGAGCUGGAUGCCCGUUCGCUGGCCGACCAGGAGGAUGCAGACGGAGCUCUGGCCGUGCAGCACAUGGAGGAGCGGGACGAGCAUGGCCAGAGCAUGCUGCACUUUGCCUGCGCUCGGUCUCAUCGCCGCGGGGCACUGUACACGCUCAUCGAGGAGUCUGGCAUCGACAUUACCUACCGGGAUGAGCUCUACCGCACCGCGCGCGACGUCUCCCUGCAGGCCAAUCAGCCCAACAAUGCGGCAGAGAUCGAUCGCUAUAUACUGGCGCAGGCAGCCAUCGGCCAAGUGGAACCCUUUGAUCAGCUGGCGCUGCAGGGCUACGAUCACAUCCUGGACAUUGAGGAUGAGAGCGGCCAGUCCAUUGGGGAUGUGGUGGCCACGCGCCAGCACACGGCGCUGGCCGAGUUUCUGGACGAGCUGCGUGGGCUGGAGGAGACGCGCGAGGAGCUGCACCAAAUGAUCCGAGAGAACAACAUGGAGCGAGUGAAGCAGCUCACCGCAACGGGCUCCAAUGUCAAGUGGUUGAUCAAGACCAAGAACUAUUAUGGUCGCACCGCUCUACACAUAGCCGUGCUGAAGGAGUCCGAGGAAAUGGUACAGCACCUGGUGAAACUCUGUCCCGAAACACUGAAGAUCACGGACAAUCUGGAACGCACUGUGCUGCACUAUGCCAUGGGCACCAACUCACUGGAGAGCGUCAGUCGCAUACUGAUCCAGAAUGGGGCCAAGCGCACCGCCAAAGAUUUGAAGGGCCGUCAGCCCAGCUAUUACUUCAUCAACAAGGCGGACAUACUGCGGCUGCAGGAGGAGGAGGAGGAGAGUCGCUGAAGAUCCACUCUAAACUCAAGCAAUAUU